GCACACCAGGGUUCAACUUCAUACCGCUCACCUUGUCUGUUAGGCUGCGCAAUAACUCAACACCUCAACUCUCUCUGGUUUUCUGAAACGGCGACGUUCUCACUAGAUCAAUCGGAUCUUGCUUUUUGGUUGUUGGGUCAAUCCGAUUCCAAGCGAAAAAUGGUAGCUGCUGUCCACUCAUUCACCGCCAACACUUACGAAGAGGCUCGCAACCAACGCCUUGAAGAAAACAAAAGGAAGUUCCAGGAUUUGGGAAUUUCAAACAUUUCGAAGACUCUGACCCACUUGACUGCUUCUCCGAACAAGUCCCAGCAACGUGUUUCAAGACCCAAAGCAAAAAAUACCUGUUUUGAUUUAGAGCCAAGACGGUCUUCCCGUCAACGCAACCCAAUCCAAUCGUAUCGUGAUGAUGUUGACGUAGGCCUGCCAACUUUGAGGAAAGGGUCAAGGAAAACUUCAUCUUCAUGGGGAAGCUACCUUGCAAGGCCUAUAGAGGAGGUCAGAGCUGCUUCUUAUGAAGAAAGGAGUGCUGCUUUUAAAGCUGCAGAGAAGCUUCAAGAGAAUCUACAGACUGAGAAUCCAACUUUUGUCAAAUCGAUGGUUCGGUCUCAUGUUUAUAGCUGUUUCUGGUUGGGGCUUCCUUCAAAAUUUUGCGAGGAUCAUCUCUCAAAAAUGGGGUCGGAAAUGGUACUAGAGGAUGAAGAUGGCAAUGAGUAUGAUGCUGUCUACAUUGGCAAGAGGGCUGGGCUUAGUGGGGGCUGGAGAGGGUUUGCUUUGGAACACAAGUUGGAUGAUGGUGAUGCGCUUGUGUUUGAACUGACUGAACCCGCAAGAUUUAAGAUCUACAUAGUUAAGGCAUACCCCAUGCCGAGUCUAGAAUGUUUCAAAAACAAUGUGGACAAAGAAGAGAUUACCAGUGCUGAAAAGACAUCAAAGGCAGCCAUGAAGACUGACUCAGAAUCAAAUCAGAAACGAAGGUCAAAGAGAGGUAUUGUGCCUGAGAUGGAUGAGUCUCAAACUUCCCCAGACUCAGAACCAAAUCAGAAACGAAGGUCAAAGAGAGGUACUGUGCCUGCAAUGGUUGACACAAAAACUUCCCCAGACUCGGAAUCGAUUCAGAAACGAAGGUCGGAGAGAGGUGUUGUGCCUGUGAUGGAAGACUCAAAAACUUCCCCAGUCUUGGAACCAAAUCAGAGACGAAGGUCAAAGAGAGGUAUGGUGCCUGAGAUGGAUGACACAAAAACUUUCCCAGACUCGGAAUCGAUUCAGAAACGAAGGUCAGAGAGAGGUGUUGUGCCUGUGAUGGAAGACUCAAAAACUUCCCCAGUCUUGGAACCAAAUCAGAGACGAAGGUCAAAGAGAGGUAUGGUGCCUGAGAUGGAUGACACAAAAACUUCCCCAGACUCAGAACCAAAUCAGAAACGAAGGUCAAAGAGAGGUACUGUGCCUGCAAUGGUUGACACAAAAACUUCCCAAGACUCGGAAUCAAUUCAGAAACUAAGGUCAGAGAGAGGUGUUGUGCCUGUGAUGGAAGACUCAAAAACUUCCCCCGUCUUGGAACCAAAUCAGAGACGAAGGUCAAAGAGAGGCAUGGUGCCUGAGAUGGAUGACACAAAAACUUCCCCAGACUCAGAAUCGAAUCAGAAACAAAGGUCAAAGAGAGGUAUCGUGCCCGAAAUGGAUGACACAAAAACUACUCCGAAGGUUCUGCCAGAUAGCCCCAAAGGUCAAGAAAUCGAACAGGAAGUCAGCCCGAUGAAGAAGAAUGAAGUUGCUCCUAAACAAAUUACAAAGAAAGCUAAAGCAAACAGAGUUCGUAGCACAGAAAAUCCAGAAGGUUGCGAAGUACAGGAAGCAAGCACGGAAAGUCCAGAAGGUUGUGAAGUCAAACAGGAAGCAAGCACAACUGAGAUGGAUAGUAGAGUUGUUAAAGAUGAGAAGGAAUGUGUAGCUAGGAAACCCAGAAAGAGAGUUGUAAAGGAAAGGCUUUUCCGAAAGAGAGUCUAGCGGUAGAAGGCUUCAUAACUUGUUUGACAUCCCAACCUUCGGUUUACGAAGCAAAGUGUUUCCAAAACAGAACGGACUUCAAAUUCUGUUCGCAGUGUACUUAUUCCAUUUCUUCAGGUUUUUAAUUUUUGAAAUAGCCUUGACAAAACUUGAAAAUUAA